CUGUCCCACCCUCAUAUGAGGGUCCAUUUUGUAGUGUCACGAAAAAGUAAAGAUUUUCUUCUCAAUAAAUCAAUUCAAGAAUGUCCGUGUCAAGCAUCAGUUAAACAUCAGUUAAACAAAAUAUCACAGUGCAGAAAGUAAUGCACCCAGACUACAAUGGUAUAAAUGAUUAUAUAACAUCUUGUGGUAUAAUUACUCACAGCCAGCGUGGUUUUUUAUCAUUAGCUCUAUCAUUUCUCUUCACCCUCUGGCCAGUUUAUCUGUGAAAAGUAAAACAGUGUUACAAACUUUUGAAAAAUACAUAUUAUAAGAAACAAUUUAGACUGAAAUGUUCAUUAAGACCUUUAGGAUACAAUGUUUCCAGUUUCCAGAUCCAGAAAGCCUCCCUCUUCAGUAAAGCUAAUUUUUUAUCAGUUACAUUACUUGGAGACACCCAAACCUCUUCCAAAAUUUGCCAUCGUGUUUGUGAAACUGUGUGUCUUUUCUCAAAAAAAUGCUUAGCAAGGAUGGUCUCUUUUUUUACCUUAUCCUUAAUUUUAUCGUCCUCCAUUUUCUCUUCCGGCUUAUAAUUUCUUAUGACACUUUUGUGCUCAUUCAGUCUUAGCCUAAAUGCCCUUUUUGUUUGCCCUAUGUAGCCUAAGCCACAGGGGCAUUUUAACAGGUAAAUCACCCCUUCUGUAUUACAAGUUGCAAAGCCUCUAAGUUUAAUAGAAACAACACGCUACGGAGGGAUAGUUUCCAUCCCAUUGGCACAGUCAAGGGGCUCCCCAAAAGCCAGUUUAUGAGAGCAAGACGCAUAACGUCGUCGGAUGACCUCUGCUAGGAUGGGUGCAGACUUCCCCCUUUAUAAUCCCAUUGCAAUGGCUACAAUUCAUACAUGGAAAUUUACCCACCCUUUUCGUUUGUUUUUUUGUAAUUAGAGGGUUCCUAACAUCUGUCCUGGUUAGAUGAUCACCAAUACUUUUGCCUUUUUUGUAAGAGAAUAAUGGGGCCUCAGUGAAAAGUUUCCCAAAUGUUUUGUCAUUCUGCAAAAUGGGUCAAUGUUUUUUUAUCACCUUUUUAAUCAGGGCACUAUGGGGACCAUAGGUUGUAACACAAGGAAUCCCUAUGUUUUUCUGUUUGUCUUUUUUCUUUUCAAGUAAAUCAUCCCUUUUAAGGGUCGCUACUUCCUGUGUGUAAAACCUUCCAGUUCUGCCUUACCGUACCCCCUUUGUGUAAACUUUUCAACCAAUUCUUUUGCCUGGUUUCUAUAAAGGUCAUCCGACGACGUUAUGCGUCUUGCUCUCAUAAACUGGCUUUUGGGGAGCCCCUUGACUGUGCCAAUGGGAUGGAAACUAUCCCUCCGUAGCGUGUUGUUUCUAUCCCUUGGUUUCUUGUAUACAUCUGUGAUGAAAUUCCCAUCACAGAAAGUUACCUGUACAUCAAGGUAACUUACACUUUGGGGGCCAAUGCACAUUGUGAACUUUAUGUUGUUGUGUACAUCAUUGAGAUAUGUAAGAAAUUCAGAUAAAUCAUUUUGGGAACCUGUCCAUAUCAAAAACAUAUCGUCCACAUAACGUUUCCAUAAUGCUAUAUGUUUCCCGAAAUGGAUGUUAUUGAGAAUAUACAUGUGUUCAAAUUUGUGCAUAAAUAUAUUAGCAUAGGCCGGAGCCAUGUUAGCACCCAUACUUGUCCCCUGGAUUUAUAGAAAGAAUUCUGUGUAAAACCUGAAGUAGUUUCUUUUUAGGACAAAUUCAAGGCAAUCGCAAACAAACUUUCUGCACUGUGAUAUUUUGUUUAACUGAUGUUUAACUGAUGCUUGACACGGACAUUCUUGAAUUGAUUUAUUGAGAAGAAAAUCUUUACUUUUUCGUGACACUACAAAAUGGACCCUCAUAUGAGGGUGGGACAGGACUGAGUACCAAGCCUCAAUUUGGAUCCAUACAGGAACUUUGGAACAUGUGGUUGGUGGGUGUGGCCUAAUGGGCUUUAUAAGGUUAUGGUGUGCACUGUGUGUUUAUCCUGAUGAAGGGUGGGUGAAAACCCCCCCGAAACGUUGAUUUUUUUGGUGGUGAAAAAUAAAUGGGGAAGCUCCCCACCUGCAACAAAUUGGUGUUGUGCUGCUCUCUUCCAUUCAACUGUGAUUACUAUGAUUGACGUGUGCCGACCGUCUAGAGAGUUUUUGCACCAUCUAGCAGGAAUUGUCAUAGGAAAGGCGAGGGAAGUGCGGAAAUCUACACAUUUGGAUAUCUGUUCUCUGCCUAACAUUAACCAGCACCCCUCAGAGAAUGUCCUUCCAUGAUAUAAGCCAAACCACCACCAGAUGUGCUACACCAUUUGGCUUUUUGGAUGAAGAAAGGAAAAGAAUACUGGAAACGGUACAAACAACUUCCUACCUAACUACCAGCCAACCAGAACAGCAAAAGAACCUCCAGAAACAGUUUGAAGCGACUAGCAGGAAGGAAUUAAACCUUACCCUGCAUCUGUCAACCUUGACGGAAUAUGUAAAGGCGGCCAGGAUCCCUAGAGGACUACGGAUUAGCCUGGAACCAAUACUUUGUAAAAAUAACAAAGACUUUAGGGAUAAGUGGCACCAGAUUCUGGAUAAGUGUAGCCUGGACCUAAUGACCCUCACAUUACAGGCUCUGCAGAAUGAAAUCCAGAUAACCACGCAAGAAAUUCACAAAAUCAAGUGUGAAAUAAAAACUGAAUUAACAGGUGAAGCACUCACAGAAUAUUUAAACAAAGUACAAGUAGACCUGGCGAUAUUGGGAGAAAGUACCAUUCAGAGGAAGCUGCAGAAAUUCAGAAGGGACACCCUCGAUUACGAACGGGAUCAGGUCUACACCUGGGCGCAGCUGAGGAGAGAGACACGCCGAGGACCAGGAAGUGGACGCCAUCAGCCACGUGACCGGCGCAGAGAAGUGACGUCAAGUGCAGGAUCGAGUGACUGGCGCAGAGGGGACACGUCAGACUCCAGCGUCGAGGCAGACAGCCGCAGCACAAGGCCUGCAGAGAACCGUUCGGUUUUUCCACAGGUCACAAGCGCACCAGAAGGGGGAGGCGGCGCAAAGGGCAAGAAGAAGCAGCCAGCAUGUGUAGAGGACAGCAGAGGAGCCUCCAACAACAGCACACAGAGGGACAGGGAAUAUCCACUGAGGACAAGGAGAUAAACUGGCCAGAGGGUGAAGAGAAAUGAUAGAGCUAAUGAUAAAAAACCACGCUGGCUGUUUCAACUUUACACAUAAAAAGAUUAUUUCUCUGAAAUUUCCCAUCAAAUCCUGCCAAGGAAGCAAAAAGGCCUUGGAAAGGCCAAGGAGGCACAGGAAGAAGGUAAGAGAGAGGAGUGGGGAGGCACAAUGGGUGGGAAUCUUACAGAUAACUGUAAGAGGCACAAUGGAGAGGGUAUUAGAGAAGUACAAAGGAGAGAGGGGUUGAAGCUGACAAGAAAUCACUGAAAGGAAAUGACAUAGGAAAAUAUACAAAAUGGGGGCACAGUUACUGAAUUUUACAAAACAAAAAUCAUGGGAAAACAUUUCUCAGUUACUUUAUUCUGUUUCCUUUUUUUGGUGGUGGUGGGGGGAAUUGAGAGGAUCCAUAAAGUGUUCACCUCACCCUGAAAUACCUGCCUAGUCAGAGAAGUAUCACCAAAUAAAGCAUAAUUAAUAUAAUAAUAUAUCAUUCGUAAAGUCAUUGUCAUUGUAUGUUUUUGUUAACUUUUAUUUCCUAAACUGCUUUAUUGAAGUUAUUUAUUAUUAAGUAAUAUAUAAUUUAGAACAGUUUGCAGAGUUGGUGACUCCCCCCCAAGCUGCUUUAGAAAGACAUGAAAGGAGGUGAAAAAUUA